ACAGUACUUACAGAAAAAAGGUCUAGGAUGAUUCAGCGAAAUCAAGUAGAUAAUUCUAAUCUUUCAGGAUAUAAAGUAACGAUUUUAAAAAAGACUAUUGUUUUACGCGGGUUUUAAAUAGAAACUCCUUACUUCCAAUCAGCAUACACAUAUACAAGACUGACAGCACUUUCAGUUAUCGCUGAAAAAUGAUUGGACUGAUCAGAUGUAUGGAUAUUUUAAUUGGAAACGCAACAUGUCGCGAUUUGCUUGAUUAGAUUAGGAAAAGCCUUCGUAUAUUUCUUUCGUUUUAAUGGUGUAAUUAGUGAAUUUUUAAGCAGUUCGUAACAGUCCUUAAGUACACCUUUUACACUGCAGUGUGUCAAACAAUGACGCAAACUUGUCAGAAACAUGCUGGAAAAGUAUUUGAUAGAAAAGUGAACAUAACCCAACGACAAUGAGAUGCCCUAUUUCUGUAACUAAAUACAUCUUUUUUAUUGAGACUAGGACUUAGAACUGUACAGAAAUAAAGUUAAAUAAAAAUAUUAGUAUUUGAGUUGUUUGGUACUUUGAACAAUAUGGGACUUCUCUUUGCAAAAUUGUGGAGUUUAUUUGGCAAUGAAGAACAUAAAAUAGUUAUGGUAGGUUUAGAUAAUGCUGGUAAAACAACUAUAUUAUACCAGUUCCUAAUGAAUGAAGUUGUUCAUACAUCACCAACCAUUGGAUCGAAUGUUGAAGAAGUAGUUUGGAAAAAUAUCCACUUUAUAAUGUGGGAUUUAGGUGGACAGCAAAGUCUACGAGCUGCAUGGUCCACUUAUUACACUAAUACUGAGUUUAUAAUUAUGGUUAUAGAUAGUACAGAUAGAGAAAGACUUGGUGUAAUAAGAGAAGAAUUAUAUUCAAUGUUAAAUCAUGAAGAAUUAAGUAAAGCCAAUGUGUUAGUUUAUGCUAAUAAGCAAGAUUUAAAAGGUAGUAUGACUGCUGCUGAAAUUUCUAGACAACUAGAUUUGACAUCAAUCAAAAAACAUCAGUGGCAUAUACAAAGCUGUUGUGCACUUACAGGAGAAGGGCUUUAUCAAGGUCUCGAAUGGAUUGUUGGACGUUUAAAAAAGACAUGACGUACAUUAUGAGAAUUCAUUUUGAAUGUAAUAAGAUAUUUAAAAUGUAAAGUAUAUGUUCAAUGUGAGUUACUGUGCCACUCUAACAAUUGUACAAAUGAUAUGAGAAUGAAUGAUCAUUUUUCAACUGGUACAUUAGCUUCACACAUAAAGUAUAACUGCAUAUAUUGAUUACAGUUAUUACUUCAGACACUGAAUGUAUUAAUUGGUGGACGGGUAAAUUUUAUCUUAUCUAUUAAAGUGAUAUCAAUUGUAGAGGUAAAUGAUUAUAACUAAUUUAAAGGCAAAAUAAUGUUUUAAUUAAUUCUGUGUAUAAUAUCUUAAAAAAAUCAUGUUAUAAAAGAAUGAAAAAAUUAUAAAUAUCUAUGAUGAACUUUUUUUAAUCUGUAUAUUAAAAAUAUGUAUUAUGAAUACUUUACAACGGGACUGCCAAAUUGAACAUAUUUUCUACGAGUAUAUCGGAUUAUUCAUAGUUAUAAAAGCUGCACUGCGAUUGCAGUUCGAAAGAUAUGAAAUUUUAUUUUGACUCAAUUAAAAGUUUUGCAUGCAUACUUAAGAAAUAUAAACUUAAUCCCGUCCACCUAUGUUAAUAUAAAAAAAGAGGAAUGAAUUAUUUAUUUAUUCUGUUCAGUUGAUGUGCGGAUAAAAAUUGUUUGGCCUGUGCGACUUUCAAAGCUAUACCUAUGUACAUAGUUUUUUAUACUCCGCAUUAAUAGUAAAUAAUUGUAAAAAGUAAAUUCCAACUUAGCACCAAUUAAACUACAUAUUUUUCAAGUUUCUGUGUGAAAAUUUAAAUAAUUCUUAAUGCUCUUUAUACUACAAAUAUAAGACUUAAUAUGGCAGAGUUAAUCAAUUGGUUUAACUGAAUGUCUAAAGGCAGAAUACUAACUGCUCUGUGAUACAUGGAUUCACCAGUAAGAAGGUGUUUGUUGGGAACAUUAAAAAUUUUUUUUUUUUUAUGUAUCAGAAAGCCAUCUUUUAUACAUGGAAUCUAUUUUUUUUUUUGUAAAAACAUUAAUUGUUUCAUUAUAGAUAUCAUGAAUUUUUUUAAUGUCUUUAACCCAACUAAUUGACUGCUGCCUCCAUUUAUUUCAUUUACUUUACAAUUAUAACUAACUUAUGUGUAGUUAAAAAAAUAUUCUACUAUUUAAUAACUAUUAAUAACAUAUGAAGAUAAUUAUAGAAAUUGUUAAAAGCAUUAUACGAAAGAUGAACGCCGUCUACAGCCAGAGUGAGAUCAUACAUUUAAAAUUUCAUAAAAAUAAACAGUAGCUUUCUCAUAUUGAGAAACAAAGAACAUUAUCUUAACUAUGAUAGUACAGUGCUGCAGAUAUGUAAUAUCAUUAUAUACAUCCUCGUUAACAAAAUUUUCGUUAAAUAGGAAUUGUCAAAUACACAAUAGAAGCUAAAGGUUGUUUAUUAUAUUAAAAGUACACAAUAUCAAAUAUAUACUUGUGCACAUUUAAGCGUUAUAAAUGGCUUCUCUUUAAUUAAGUUAAAUUAGUACCUUAAAAACAAACAUUUGUUUUUAAUUGGUUGUUAAUAGUUUAAUUAAUUAUUGUCUGUAAUAGAUGCGAAAUAAUUGCGAACAAGAUUGUUAAUUAACGUAAGGGUCGAAAUUAAUGUAAGAUCGAUUUUACUAAAUUUUGUUUUACAAUAAGCGAACAAAAAAUUAUGUAUUGUAAUUUAUUCGAAACAAACUGUCCUACGUUUCUUAUAUUUAUUUUUGAACAAAUUAAAUUUAAUCGACUACACAUCCGGAAUUAUGUACAUGUUUUACCAUUAAAUUAAUUAUUUCGUAUAAAA